GCAUUAAGACAAUAAGCUACAGAUCACGCCCACUGUGGUCGAGGAUGCUGAGCGCAACAAGUCCGCCGUCUGCACGCCUGCUUGUCUGCGUGCCUGACUGCUCGCCUGCGUGCCCGUCUGCAUGCCUGCCUGCUCGCCUGCCUGCCGCCUCCCCGGUCCGUCAGUCCAGGAAACUGAAACUGCGCUCUGCUCGUCGGCUUCUCUACUUUCUUGCUUCCACUUGUGCCGGAGAUGCGGAACCCGAACUUCCAUCGCUAGUCUGCGAGAGACAUGAGCCGCUACUGGGCGGUCACUUGUCGCGCUGAAGGCCCAGGACCAUGGCGGAGCAGCAGCAGGAGCAGAGUGAGGAAGUCAGCCUCUCGACCUCGCAGGACCUGGCGGAGACCCUCAAGGAGGAAGACUCUCAGAGCCCCCCGGAGUUCAGGAUCCAUCUUAUCGACAACUUGUCACACGAGGAUGUGAAAAAAUGUUACCGUGGAUCAACGGUCAGCAAGUACGACUCGCAGUACCACAAGCUCUUCCAGGCCGUGCCCAAGGAGGAGACGCUCAUGAAGGUGUAUUCCUGCGCUCUUCUCAGAGACAUCCUGCUACAGGGCCGCCUCUAUAUUUCCAGAAACUGGCUGUGUUUCCAUGCCAACCUCUUUGGCAGGGAUAUCAAGGUGGCGAUACCCGUGGUGUCUGUGCGGCUGGUGAAGAAGCACAAAACGGCCGGGCUGGUGCCGAAUGGACUGGCCAUCACCACGGACACCAGUCAGAAGUAUGUGUUCGUGUCCUUGCUGUCCCGUGACAGUGUUUACGAUGUCCUGAGGAGGAUCUGCACACACCUCCAGGUCAAUGGCAAGAAGAGCCUCAGCUUUAAGCAGGACAUGGAGGAGCCCAGCUCCCUGUCACAGGAUGAGUUUCCUGUCCCGGAAGAGUUCCCCCCGGUCCUGAACUGGAGGCGGAAGCCUUCUGUGACCUCCAUGUCCUCCUCGCUCCCUGACCUCCUGGGAAAGUCAACCACCAGCCUGAGCACGGUGGAGGCAUCAUUCCAGGUGGAUGCAGCUGUGCAGGAGGGAAGCCUGCGGCCUGAGAAGGUUCUCGGUGAGCCGGAACCGCAGCUGGGCCCGAUGGAGCAUCUCCUCCUCAAGCUCUUCAUCGUGCUCAUCUUCCUGCUCAUUCUGUCCUCCUGUUACCUGGCCUUCCGUGUCUGCACCUUAGAGCAGCAGCUCUCUCGCCUGAGCACAAAGCUGGCUCUGCCCAUGACAGAGAGGUAACCCCUGUUUCUCUCUGCAUCACGACGGAAUAGACCAGACUCCUUGCCCCCCACCCCCCAAUGACCUCAGGGCUUCACAGCGACUGACAGUUUGACAUCCUGAUAUUGUACAGAGACUCUAUAAACUGCGUAUUCCGGAAGAAAAAGCAAGAGGAUUAUGUAUCAAAGGAAGAUGGGAAGUGAAGUUCUGUUCAGUGAUGGACUGCAGGAUGUCCUGGUCUUCGAGUCCAGCUGGACACCCUUGGGGCAGCAGCCCUGCCCUGUGUCUGGUCCUCCAUGUCCCAAAUGUGCAGGGUUAUGGUCUAACCUGAAGGUCGACAAUAGUGACCUAGCAGAUGCUUACAGCCCAGACAGUGACGGGAAGCGCCCUGAGAUCCUGUGAAGAUCCUCCUGCUCUGUAAUGCGGGAUUUGACUCCAAUGAACCUUCAGAAAGUUAUGCCAUCAGUUGACAAAGACUUGGUAGAUUUGAAUGAGAUGCUUCCCUUUGAGAGUCACAGAAUGGGCAUAAGUGACAUAACUUCCAUGCCUAAUUUCAGUUUUAAAUGUUUUGGAAUUACAUGACAACAUGAACUCCUUUCACCAUGUUUCAGGUUCCAUAAUGAAAUAUCAGGAGUAACGUCUGACCUGUAAAUUAUACCUUCUCCGUCGUCUGCUGUAAAUCUGCCCUGAUUACAGAUUCAGUCUUUGCUUUCCCAGUCAAGACACAUGAGUGAGAUCAAAGUUUCAUUCUGAGAACUUUGAAAAAGGCUGUUCCCUUGGUUACUGGGAGAAUCGAAAGUCAGUGGCCAAGAUACGCAGCAAAUAGCUUUUAAGGGCGAGACAUUGUAACACUUUUCAUGGUUGUUGAUAAUGUUCCUAUCAAUCACUUUAUUAACGAGCUUAAAAUGGUAGAUUGCAUUUUGAUAUAGCUGAUGGUUCCUUGGCAUUCGUUUCAAAACGGACAACUGUUGCCUUGGAGCUGAAUUGCAAGCAAGUGCCUACAAAAGCCCUAAAUCCAGAGAGGAGGGUCUAGGCUUAACAUAUGAGGCAACGUGCUUCAUGAAAAGGGCUGAUUAAGUGGGUGAAAAUUAACUGAGAUUAUGUAGCAAACAUAUGGAUGAUUUGUUCCUAGAGGCCUGUAACAUACUCGUUAACGAGCGUGGCUAAUCUGGGGACACACGGCUGGGGAUGCCACUGGAUUGCAGUGUGGAAGCAUGUAGUCGUCACACUGAACAUUUCACGGUCCUUUUGAUCUAGUACAAAAGGGGCCGAAUGAAUCUCAUGGACCCUGAAGUCACCCGGUUCCUCAAAAUGACCUGGGGGGCGUGUUUCACAUGGAAAAAAGUGUGUGUUUUGUAUAAUUGAAACUACAUGGAUGUAAGUGCUGAAAUAUUUGUGUGCAGUUUUAUACUGUCAUCAUAAAGCAUCCAUUUAUUGGGAGGUCAAUGCAGUCACUGCCACUGUUAAUUACUACUGGAAAAGCAGCAGCGCUUGUGUAAGACAAUAAAAUCCAUGACAUUCUGCACUGCUCGGUUCAGCCGGGCCGGUAAUA